UAGAAUGAUAAGAAUGAUCGUCUUUAGUGUGUGUACUCUGGUGUGUGUUUCGUAUGUGUUGGCGUCUUCUUCGUGUAUUUCCCUUUCGGCACUAAAAGAGUAUGAAACUGCAAGAGAACCGUUACAGAAUAUAGAAAAAUUCCUUGGAAAAUGCUAUGGACCAUACUCAACGAAAGAACCAAUCGUAACAAUUCGGCGCUCUAUCGAACAGUUGGAGAAACAGUUUAAAGAAGUGAAUAAAAUAUUCUACGAAAGAAAAUGGUCAGAUGAACAAAAACAUAAUGGACAUUGCUAUAUUUUCUCUAAAGAUUUGUUAAUGUGGCAAGGGGCCAAGAAAAGAUGUCAGGAAAUAUGUGGUUAUUUAGUUAAAAUCGACAAUGCAAAGGAAAACACGUGGGUGAUGAAGCGUGCCGCGAAAAAAACUGGUAAUUUCUGGACUGGUUUAUAUGCAGAAGACCCAUAUAAGUGGACCUGGGCUCAUGAAAAAAAGAAUGCAGAAUACAUCCAGUUUAGAACAGGAUGGCCUAAGAAGUCUAGUGUGUAA